GACCGGCAUGGGCCCAAUUGCAUGCGCGGCGGCGUCCGGAGACGUGGCCAUGAUCCGUUUCUUUGCAGAGGCUGGAGCACCACUCCAGACUCAGACCGUGUCGAUGCAGGAAUGCGACAUAGAGUCAGGCCUGACUCCACUUCACCUUGCAGUGCGGCGCGGGCCGCGGGCCGGGCCGGCAAUUGAGGAGCUCUUGCGAUUGCGGGCGGACCCUAACGCCUGCUUCGGACAGAGUCGCCCUCCACUGUCUUACAUUACCAGCGUGGAGGGGGUGGAGCUUCUCAUUGCGCAUCGGGCUGACGUGAACAUGCGCGUGGCCCCACUGUGGAUUUCACCUCUCACUUCUGCUGCGUGCUUUGGCGCGCCGCUGGAGGCCCUGGCCAAGCUGGUUGAGGCACAGCCCCCUGAGAUCCCGGGUUUCUAUAGGUGUUUCGGAACCUGCUAG